ACUUCCGGCGAAUUUGGAAAAUGAGCGGCGCCGUCGAUCUCUGCCUCAGAAAUACACGCCGUAUGCUAUGGAGGAACGGGAGAUCCUACUGUACUCACCACGGCUCUAGAGUCAAAAUUUUUGACCGCAAUCUCAAGCGCAAACAACGCGAUAGAGCCGCGUGGUUAUUGCGCCCCGGGGAUUCUUUGGUGGAUGCAGUAGCUGAGAAUUUGCUGGAUCGGCUGGAGGACUGUAAAAAGACAUUUCCUUCAGCAUUAUGUAUGGGUGGUUCUCUGGAAGCAAUUAGGCGGUUGUUGAACGGACGUGGUGGUAUUGAAAAGCUUACGAUGAUGGAUGCUUCAGUUGAUAUGGUGAAAUUAUGUGAGCAGGCUGAACAAAAUUCACCUAACAAAAAUGUUGAAACAUCUUUCAUUGUUGCUGAUGAAGAAUAUUUGCCUGUGAAGGAAAGUUCCCUGGACCUGGUUAUUAGUUGCUUGGGCCUUCAUUGGACAAAUGAUCUCCCAGGUGCCAUGAUACAGAGUAAAUUGUCUCUUAAGCCCGAUGGCCUAUUUCUAGGAGCUAUUCUUGGUGGAGAGACUUUAAGAGAGCUGAGAAUAGCAUGCACUGUGGCUCAAAUGGAACGUGAAGGAGGAAUCAGUCCUCGGUUGUCACCUUUGGCCCAGGUACGUGAUGCAGGAAAUCUUUUAACUAGGGCAGGAUUCACUCUUCCUGGAGUUGAUGUAGAUGAAUAUACUGUGAGAUAUAACAGCGCUCUGGAGUUGAUAGAACAUCUUCGAACUAUGGGUGAAACUAAUGCUCUGUUACAAAGGAACAUAAGUCUAAAGAGGGAUACUGCAUUGGCAACAGCAGCCAUUUACGAAUCGAUGUUUGGUACAGAAGAUGGCACUAUCCCAGCAACAUUCCAGGUCAUAUUUAUGACUGGGUGGAGGGAGCACCCAUCACAGCAAAGAGCUAAGAAGAGAGGUUCUGCCACAGUAUCUUUCAAGGACAUCCACAAGGAGUUUGGUGGAGGUACGUAGCGGGUCGACCAAGGAAGUUUUGUUUGAGAAGAAGAAAGCUUGUUCGAGGUUUUAGGGUUUGGGCUCCCCCUUUCCUUUUAGGGUUAAUUGGGCUAAGGAUUUCACAGAAGAAGAAAAAUAAGAAGAAAAAGAACGAAAAACGAGGACUUGGGAUAAUUGAACUAACUAUUUCUUCAGUGUAUGGACUAUGGAAUUCUUUCCUUUGAUGUAGUACUAAAUUGAUUAUCAUGUGCUAAUAGUGAGUAGGAUAGUAUAUACUGGGUUUAUCCUAUGCAUUUGGAGGGUUGUAAGCAUAACGUGAUGGGCCAUUUGCUAUGUUGUAAUUGUAUCAUCAUUAAUUUGUUGUAAUGAAUUUAUUUGUAUCAUCAUUUGGAGGGUUGUACGCGCUUAA